GGCUGCGCAGGGAGCAGCACCCAGGGCUGUGGAUUAGGGAGCAGACACAGGGGACUGGCCACAGCUUGAAGCCAUGGCAGGGAGUGGGGCACAGACAGCCGGACAGAGCCCCAGCCCGAGCCCUGGACUGAUGCAGGGGGAGGGGCGAGGCCCAGCCUGCUGCCAGGGAGGACCAGGAUGCCCAGGUGCUGCCAGCUGGCCACCCCCUGUGACCAGGCUCCCCCGCUCCAUGGUGCCACCGCCCCCUGCCAGCAAGCCACACGCCUGCAUGUCAGUGGUGGUGAUCGUCUCCACCAUGGCGGCGGUGGACGUGUACCUGAUGGAGCUAAGCGCUGGAGCGCAGCGGGCCAGCGUGCUGGCCCUGGCCCUGGCAGGUGAUCUGUGCUUCCUCUUGGUGCUGCGCUACGUGGGGGCAUGGGUGGGUGCCGAGGCCCGGACCCCACGGCAUGGCUAUACCAUGGCACUCUGGUUCCUCUUUGUCUUCACCCUGGAGAUCAAGCUAUACUUCAUCUACCAGGGGUACCGGGCCGACCGGCGCACCCCUGACCCGCUGGCCCGCCGUACCCUGACCCUGCUGCUCUCCAUCUGCAUCCCCUCCCUUUACGUGAUCCUGGUGGCCACCGAGCACCUGCAGCAUGUGGCCACCUUCCAGCGCAAGGAGGUCCUGCGUGGCCGGCUCCUCUGGGUGGUGGUGGACCUGCUGGACCUGCUGGAGAUGCAGGCCAGCCUGUGGGAGCCUCAGUGGCAGAGGCUGCCGCUAUGGGCCGAGGGUCUGACUUUCUUCUACUGCUACAGCCUGCUGCUGGUGCUGCCCUGCGUGGCACUGGGCGAGAUGGACCUGCCCGCCCCACCCCGCCUCCCACUGCUAAGCCUGCUGGCCGUCAACCUGGCCACACUGGCCAUCCGGGCUGCUGACCUGCUGCUCUACCGCGACCAGCGGGUCUCUGCCAUCUUCAUGGCCAAGAACCUACUGGCCAUCGCGCUCAAGGGGUGCACAGCCCUGCAGUACCACAGAGCCGGGGCUGCCGGGCUGGGGGAGCUUCCCCCUGGGGACAUGCCAUGUCACACGCCCCGGCGUGGGGGCACGGACAGCACCUCUGGGCCCAGGUUGACCCCCCAGGAGUUCUGAGUGCCCAGGGACACUGCAACACCCACCCCCUGAGCUGGAGGGACACUGGCUAUGAGCAUGGGGCCAGAUCCCCAGCUGGUAUCUUCUGGCAAAGCUGCUCUGAUGUAAACUGGCCCCCAGACGCCUUCACACGCAGAGAGGGGCUGAGAUCACAAACCACUAUUCACUAAGGGACAGGGCUAGCACAGAAAGGGGCCGAGGAACACCAGGCAUAGCAGGGGGCUCUGGGUUGGGAGCAAGGGGCACUGGCAGAGCUGGAGCCCAGGGCUGAGACAGCUGGGGAGCUGCAGGUGGGGACUGAGGGACACCAGCAGUGCUGGGGUGGGAGGCAGGAUCCACCGCUGCCCUUUGGGGUCCACUCCCCAUUGCAGCACAUUGAUGACCACUGUGUACACUCAUCACCCCUAUGUUGAGCUAGACAUAUUGGCCCACACCCAGCUGGCCCCGUGGUGAGGGACUGGAGUGUGGCGAGCCCAAUGGGUGGUGCCAGCUCUGGCAUUCAGAGAGGUAGGGGACACAUGCCCGGGCCUGGAUGCUCCGUGCAGGACAGAGGCGAAAUAAAGAAGAGCUAACCCACACCAGACAUUGGAUCCCAGUGUGCACGGAGUCCUGGGGCUGGUGCACCACGGCCUGCAUUCUCCACCCACUGCCCCCAGGGAAGCGCCAGCCCCUGCCCUUGGCGAAGGCCGGGCUGGGGAGGGAUAGAGCCCUGAGUACCCCCCUCUAUCAGCCAGUGGGACCCAGGACUCCUGGGUUCUGUCCCAGCUCAGUCACUGACUCAGUGUGUGACCUCAGAGAAAUGGUUUGUCCCUCUCUGGGCCCUCAGUUUCCCCAUCACAGAAUUCAGGGCAUUCCCAGCCCAGUGGCGGCUGGUUAGUGAGUGACCACAGACAACGUGCUGUGAAAUCCCCUACGAGGGGCUGCGGCCCCCUCUUGUCACUGGGGAGAGGCUCACGCCUUGGCUCCUUUAGAGCCAGGCCCACCCCAGCAGCUCCUGGCUCUGUGCUUGGGCUACCCAGUCCCCUCCAGCUUGAGAGAAGGGGCUUUAACAUGGACCCUUCCCUGCACCCAUCCUGCCCCAGCGCCGGAACAUGGCCACCUCUGGGGUGGGCACAGGGGCUAUUUAUACAGGGCUUCCUCCCCAGCACCCCUUGGAGGGGAAAGGGCCAGUGCCCCAUUCCCUGGCCCUGCUAUCCCAGCGGGGGGGGGGGGGGGGGAAUGGGGUAAGGACACAGAAGCAGAAUG